ACGGCUUUUGUGACGCCCCUCGGGCGAUACGCACCUUACAUCGUCGACCUUGGUUCGUCGACCGUCGGUACAAUUGACAUUCUAUUGUCCGAUAGGACGAUUGACGUGAUCACUGGAUAUGACAGCAAAGGAGUUGAGAAAAAUGCUGAUUCAUGAUGAUGUGUGGAAUAUGCAGUGAAAAAUCAGAAAACUAUUUGAGAAUAAUUCGUGCCUAUAAUUGAAUUCCGUGAAAUGUUCUUAAUCUAGUUAAAAAUAGCUAUUACCUGCGUUAAAUUCUUAGUCAACAAGUGACUAGUAAUCAAUUUGUUAUUCUAAAAAUUGUUUAUCCUACAACUUAAUAUCUAACUUAUCAAGGUAAGAACACAUAAGUGAAUGGAUCAAAAUAUAUCCUAAACGUUAUAAAUCUAAUGUUUCAUGCAGCUAAACUUAAGUACGGAGGAGACCUGAUCCAGACAAUUGAGGUAGAAGAGAUUUGAGAGGCACUAAACGUAAGCAAAAUGAAUUAAAAUGUCAAUCUCGUAAUAACAAAACUUUAUAUUAAAGGAAAUUUUAACCAGCCAAAAGUUCGCGUUGGUUCAUUUUUUCGGAAGACGAUCCCUCCAGUUGGCGCGGCCAACAUAUUAAAAUUUCGUUUACCCCGGAACGAUGUCGGAUCCAGGUAUGGAUGCUGCGAAGAAGACCAAAGGUAAGCAGCAGAAGUCUCCUCCUAGUAUAAGGUCAGUAAAUAAAGAACCCCCCAAAGACCCGUCUAAACAGACCCAGAACAAAGCCUCGAAAAGCGACAUCGUCGCCAGUUCGACCUCUAAACCUCUAAAUCCCCCUAAAUCAAACCCUCAAUCCACCAUUUCGGCUGAAAAGAGUUGUGCGUUAUGCGAAAACCCGGUCAAUGAGCGUAUGGUGCAAUGCAAUACAUGUGACGUGUGGCAUCAUUUCUCGUGCGUGAGUGUUUCCGAGGAUAUCAAGGGCUACAAUUGGACCUGCUUGAAAUGCGAUACCGCGAAGGCAGCCAAAGGUGCGAUUCCACGGAAGAUGAUAACGCGAGCUGCAGCUGCAAAAGGUGUAAAGAAGGCAAAUCGGAAGGAGGGGCAGACAGAUGGAGUGAACGAGCAGACGAAAGAGGCCGAUGAGCUAGCCGAUGCAGUCGGAGGGUCAGCUCCAAGCUUGAAAGCGAGCCGGGCCGGUUCCGUAGUUUCAGCAGCAUCACGAAAGUCGGCGAAAGCUCGUUUGGAUGUGGAACUGCAGCAGAUCAAAGCUGAGGAGGAGUUGAUGCGAGAAGAAAUGCAACGGAAGCGAGAAUUGGCGAAGAAGAAGUUCGAGGUCCUGAAGGAGAUGGCUGAUCUGGAAGGUAGUGGCGAAUCCGCUGUUGAUCAGCCGAAUGUCGUCAAUAAAGUAGAGCACUGGUUGAAGCGUCACAGCGAGAUCCGUGAAAAGGGCAAGCAGUCGUACAAGGAAGCCAGAGAUUAUGAUUCUGAAGACGGCGUGGAAACCGAGGCUUCGAGUGAUAUUUCAGCCUCUGGUAGCGAAUCAGAUAGUGACGAAGAGACGUCGACGGACAACGGAGCGGAUCGAGAUGGUAGAGCAGAUGGAGCGCAAUCCGUCGGAGAGCUCGUAGGCCGAAGGCAUCUCAGGCCUAAAAUGACCUCGACCAGGAAGGUCCCGAAAGAUGGAAGUAGCAACCGAUCUGGAACGGAGCGACAACAAUCAUUGCGGAGCGACAGGAAGCUUUCGAAGGAUGAACUAGCAGCCCGUCAAGUUGUUCCUCGUGAACUGCCGAAGUUUAACGGUAAUCCGGAGGAAUGGCCGAUGUUUGUGUCAACGUACGAAGAUACUUCAGCCAUGUGUGGAUACACGGACGCCGAAAACAUGAUUCGCCUCAGGAACUGUUUGAAGGGAGAUGCGUUCAACGCUGUCCGAAGUUUUUUGAUGCGGCCUGAAACCGUGGGAAGAGCGAUCAGUGCGUUGAAGCUGCGGUUUGGCAGACCGGAGACGAUUAUCGACUACUUAAAGGAGAAAAUAAUAGCAAUGCCGAUCAUCAAGCCGGACGCGAUGGACAAGCUGGUCGACUUUGCGCUGGAAGUUCAAAACCUCAGUGCUACGAUAGAAGCUUGCGGAGAGAAGCAGUACAUGUGUGAUACGACGUUGCUGAAGGAAUUCGAGAAGAAGUUGCCACCGCAAAUUAGACUGGACUGGGCCCGAUACAAGAGGAAGUUGCGGAAAGUGAAGCUGUCCACGUUUAGCCGGUGGAUAUACAACCUAGCAGAGGACGUGAACGUGGUUUUCGAGCCGCAGUACCGUGGAAGCAAGACGCAGGAGUUCAGAGCAGUUCGUAAGGAGAAAUACGUUAACACUCACGCAGAAGUUCCAGUCAAGGAAAGAAGUCAGCCAGCUCGGACAACGCAGCAGUCAGCAAUCGUAGGAAGCGGAGAUAACAAACCCUGUCCGGCCUGCAAAGGCGAUUGCAAAUGUCUGGCGAAAUGCAAGAGGUUCCUGGAGUUGUCUUAUGAGUCGAAAUGGGCAACUGUUCGUGGUUUCAAUUUCUGCCGCAAGUGUCUUCGGCAGCACAAAGGUGGCUGUAAUUCUGGAGAAUGUGGGAAGAACGGUUGCACCUUCAAGCAUCAUGUAUUGCUUCACAAGGAUUUCGCUGCACCCGCUACAACGAGCAAAGACACGUCCAACGUAGGCGGAUCUCCAAAGCAGAAUGAAGAACGCAAUGUCAACACGCAUCGAUCGGAUACGGGUCCAGGUUCGUUUCGCUAUUUGCCGGUGACUCUGUUUGGCGACGGAGUACAAGUCAGCUGUCACGCCUUCUUAGACGACGGAUCGGAGUUAACUCUCAUCGAUCAGCAGCUUGCGGAGGACCUGAAGCUCUUUGGAACGGUUCUUCCCCUCUGCCUGAAAUGGACGGGAGGUACCCAUCGCUACGAAUCUGACUCACAGAGUAUCAACGUCGAAAUAUGCGGAAAGGAUGGAAAGCGGACGUUAUUGCAGGACGUGAGGACUGUCGAAGAGCUGCAACUGCCGUACCAGUCACUAGAUAUGGACCAACUCUCGGAGCGGCACGGCUACCUGCGUGGUCUGCCCGUGGACUCGUAUUGUAACGUUCGUCCACGAAUACUGAUUGGAUUGAAGCAUGCCAACCUAAUGCUGGUGCGAAGGAGUCGUGAAGGCAAGAUGGGUGAGCCAAUCGCCGUCAAAACCAAUCUUGGCUGGACUGUAUACGGUGGCUGGGCAUCGCAAGACUCUUCGAGUACAGCCAGUCAUACGUACCACAUCUGCUCCUGCAACGAACCAGGCCUGACGCAUCUGAAUCAGAUGGUGAAAGAUUACUUCUCCAUGGAUAGUUUGGUAGUUCAACCGAGUCACGCUGGACGGCUUUCUAAAGACGAUGAACGCGCCAUGGCUCUUCUGGAAUCUCGCACUCACUUCAACGGAGAACGUUACGAAGCCGGCCUGUUAUGGCGGUCCGACAAAAUCCGUCUGCCGGACAACAAAGCAGUUGCAGUUCGUCGUUGGAGAUGCUUGGAAAAACGCAUGGAGAAGGACACGGAGUUAGCGAGCAUCCUGCAUGAAAAGAUUGCGGAAUACAGAUCGAAAAACUACAUCCGCAAGCUAACGUCGGAGGAGCUGUCAACAAAAUACGAGCGGGUAUGGUACUUGCCCAUUUUUCCGGUGUACAAUCCGAAUAAGCCAGGCAAGGUCCGGAUUGUGUGGGACGCUGCCGCCGAAGCAUACGGGAUAUCACUGAAUUCGGUGCUCCUCACUGGCCCAGACCAGUUAGCGUCUCUUGUGGGCAUCCUGUACCAAUUCCGUGAGCAUCGAAUAGGCGUUUGUGCCGACAUCCGUGAGAUGUUCCAACAGGUCGACAUCAAUCCUGAGGACCAGCAAUGUCAGCGUUUUCUUUGGCGUGACCGCGACGAACACGGUGAUCCAAGCAUCUACGUCAUGCAGGUAAUGACAUUCGGGGCGAGCUGUUCUCCUGCCACAGCCCAGUUUGUGAGAACAAGAACGCCGAAAGAUUCGAAGAAGAACAUCCAACAGCGGUAG